AUUCCUUCUCAAGCUCCCUCUCUGUAUCUCUCUCUCUCCGUCUCUUUAAGUCUUUGUAUAUUACAAAUGAUAAAGGAAAUAGUCAUCGCAGAACAGAGUUUUGAUUCAUCCGUCUCUGAGUAUUGUUUCGAUUCUAUGAACUUUGCAAUAAGAAGCUGGAUUGGUUCUUGGGUUUACUCCAAAAAUGGUUACUUUGAAGUACAAAGCUGUAGAUAUUAUUGAAUUGAGGAUUGAUAGGUUUAAGAAACUUGUAGUGAAGCUACUAUGAUUCCUGUAAUGGUUGAUUUUGUUUAUGUGUAGGAUUAGGAUAUACAACUUCUUUAGUGAAACAAUGACAACUAUUCAUGGCACUGAUAAUCUUGUGUGGAGCGAUGAGCAAACCCGUUUCUAUCUCCAACUAAGAGUCGAUGAGAAGCUUAAAGGAAAUAUUAAAAAACAGAAUGUGAGUGAAGCUGGGAGACAAUCAAUCAUAGAUAAGUUUUAUGAGGUGUAUGGGGAAAGACAUCCUUGGAAAAAGUUUGGGAUCAAGUUUACUACUUGCAAGAAGCAGUACGAGUCUGUCAGGAAGCUUAUUGACGAUAGAACGGGACUUGGUUAUCAUUCAAAUGGGAGUAUAAACAUGUCUGAGGACUGGUGGAAUGAGCGGUGUAAGGAAUGGUCUGGAGCAAGGAAAUUGAAAGAUAAACCAGUGCCAAAUGUGGAUUUGAUGGAGAAAGUCUUUGGUACAGUUGAUAUCAGUGGAGCUGAGGGUUUGAUAGCUCAACAAGGUGAAGAGCAUUUAGACUCAAUGCAUUUGUAUCAAGAUGAUGAUGUUGAUGGUGAUCCUGAUGAUGACGAUGUUGAAUCAAGGCAAAUCUCUCCUACUGAGAGCAAUAUUGGUAAUGGACCUACAUCUUCAAGUAAAUCAAGGGCUGGUAGAAAAAGAUCAAGGUCUGUACAAUCAGGAGAAGUUGUAGUAGCAGAAGCUUUUAGGGAUAGUGCUCGGUCACGGGAUAAGAUUCUUUCCUACAAAAACAAACUAAUAGAGAACCACCCUGAGUUUAGUUGUAGUCAGCUUCGAGCUAUGCAGGCUUUGCACUCAUUGCCUGCUAUAAGAAUGUGGUCUCCUUUAUAUAAAGCAUCAAUUCAACAUCUCAAGCAAGAUCUUGCCAAUCGUGAGACGUUUUUAUGUUAUGAAGAUGAUGAGAACAAAAUUCUCUACUUGGAGUUUGAAACUGGUGAAAGCAGAGAUGCAUGACUUGACAAGUGUUGCGUCUUUCAAUGUCUAUGAGUGGUACACUCUUCUGUACACUGGCUUCAAAAAAUCGAAUAGUAAAUCACAACGAUGGUAAUUUCUACUAUGCGAGAUAGAACACUAGUAAAUAUUCAUAAUCUUAGCAUUAGUUUAAAAUAUGAUAGAAUCAAUAUUUGAAUUGUUCCAAGUCUUUGUUGCA